GAUAAAAGUUUUGCGUUGUCCCUAGAGGCAUACCGGUAUCUGGAAACAGUUAUCUAAAAGGCACUCCCUGUUCUCUUGUUAAUGGGCACAACUCUCGAGGAACAAGGGAGCGCACGAGAACUUUACGGAUGCGGCUGCGCGAAAUCAGAAGAGAAGUUAGUAGCGGGUCGGAGCCAAAAUCGUCCCGGUUAAUGACGUUGGUUGGGUGGAUUUGGGAUUAUCAAUUUACUCAGUUCUCUCAUAUGCCGCCUGCCGAGCUCAAUAAACUACUUUAACUACCGGUAGAACCUCAAGGCUUAGUUCUUCUCCACUUCUCAAGUUCACGUUGAGAAAUUUUUCUCUUUCAUCCUUUGUUUUUUCUCUGGUUCUGCUCGACUGGGCGCCCCGGCGGUAUGACACAGUUCAACAAGUUGACCAUGUCGCAAAGAGCCCCAUCGACGAGCAAUCACAACACUCCCUCCACUGCCAAAACUCACACAUUUUUAUUCGGAGAAUUACAAACGACUACUUCUUCCGACCCACCAAGCCCCGAGAGUGCAUCGCCUACCAGCGACUUUGACGACGCUCGACUGUCGGCAAAUCCUACGGAGAAACCCGUGGUAGGGUUGGGUGUUGGGAGGGAAAAUGGAGAGAGGGAGUUCCAGGAGCAGGUUGGACGUCGGGCAUCCAUACCCGUGCGAUUAGAGAAGAUUCGGGGGAAGGAAAGGUAUAGAUUGGUGAUGGAUGAUGAGCUGGGGAGGUUGCUGGUGAGCAGGAGUGUGGUUAGGGGGAAGAAGAGAAAGAAGAAGUUUAGUGAUCUGGUUUUUACGAAAAGAUUCACCGCAUUCGACCGUAGAAGCCCAGAGGCCGCUUCUUCUCCGUUUCGCGGGUUUUACACCGUGUUCUGGAUGUCGGUAGUGAUCCUAAUUCUAAAACUUGCCGCAACAUCCUACAAAGAACAAGGCCGCCUCUUUGGAAUAGACAUCCUCUCAAUGAUGUUCAACCCAAACAACCUCAUAGAUUGUCUCCUCGUUGACGCAACCAUGUUCUGGGGGUCAACGCUCUGGUGCGUCCCAUUGCAAAAAGCUGUCGCUAAGGGCAGAAUAUCUUGGGAGCGCACCGGGUGGGUAUUACAGAUGGUCUGGGAAGCGGUGUACCUCGGCGCCGUAAUUGAAUAUACCCUCUGGAAAGACUGGCCGUGGAUUCAGACGGUUUUCGUAGUAUUGCAUUGUCUGGUGAUGCUCAUGAAGCAGCACUCGUACGCGUUCUAUAACGGGCAUUUGAGCGGGGUUUGCGGACGGCUGCGGUCGCUCGAAAGGAAAUUGGUAGAGUUGAGGGCGUUGGAUACGAUCGAGGACUUUGAGAGGGCAAUUAUGGAGGAAGUCGCUGCUUGUAACGGCGAGUUGAGCAGUUAUGUGGAGGAUAACGAUGGGCCGAAAGUGGUGUAUCCACAGAACUUGACGUGGUGGAAUUAUUUUGAGUACAUUCACUUCCCAACCGUCGUCUACGAGCUCGUGUACCCCCGCACCACUACCAUAAACUGGCCCUACGUGCUGGAAAAGACCACAGCAACCUUCGGCGUCCUGGGCAUAAUGAUAGUAGUCUCCCAACACCUCAUCCUUCCCGUCGUCUUGCAGACCCACACCCUACGCCUUCUCCCACUCUCCUCGCGCCUGCAAGCCUUCCCGUACAUCCUCCUGGACCUCAUCUUCCCGUUCAUGAUAGAGUAUUUGAUGGCAUGGUACCUUAUCUGGGAACUCAUCCUGAACGCCCUGGCCGAACUCACCUUCUUCGCCGACCGCGGCUUCUACGGUCCAUGGUGGAAUUCCACGACCUGGGACGCCUUCGCCCGUGACUGGAACAAGCCCGUGCACAACUUCCUCCUCCGACACGUCUACCAUAGCAGCAUCUCCACCUGGCAUGUUUCCCGCGGCACCGCUACCGUGAUCACCUUCCUGCUUAGUGCUAUCGUGCACGAGUUGGUCAUGUGGAGUCUGUUCAAGCGCCUGCGCGGGUAUUUACUCGUUGCGCAGAUGUUGCAGGUUCCGCUUGUGUAUGCCAGUCGCACAAAGUUGCUGAAGGGACGGGAGACACUGGGUAAUGUGAUCUUUUGGUUGGGGAUUUAUACCGGGCCGAGUUUUUUGUGUAGUCUUUAUCUGAUCAUUUAAGUGAUGGCUCUCGGUGGUUUUGUGUAUAGUUUUUGAGUUGGUUGGAUGGAUAGAUGGAUUGAUGGGAGGAUAUCAUGCCUGGGUUUUUUUUGCUGUAACUUUGGUUUUGGGUUGGUUUGGUUUGGCGCUGGAUUCGGGUUGAUUUCGCGGACGGGAAUUCGGUAUCGGAUAUGGUAUUAUUAUAGUGAUUGGCUUAUGGAAGGUGAGGGUUGGGAUGAUUUGCAUAGUGAACGAAACACUGUAGUAUUUUCUGCA